AUGAACAUCUUUACUAAGGUCCCAGGAUUAGCCCAACAAACCAGCAAGCUGGGGUCUGUGCUCCAACGUGCCUUCUACGGGUCCAGUGGGAGGGUGACCCUUUUCGAGCAGAGGAACUUUGCCGGCAGACGGCUGGACCUGAGUUCUGACUGCUCUAGGCUCAGUGAGAAGAACUUCCCAGAGAGAUGUAACUCUGUGCAGGUGGAAAGCGGAGCAUGGGUCGGUUACGAGCACGAGAACUUCCGGGGCCGUCAGUACCUGUGGGACAUGUCCGACCGCGGCGAGUACAACUGCUACGACAAGUGGUGCGCUCAGGUGGACCACGUGUCCUCUGUCCGCUCGGUCAAACAGGACAACAACCCUGGCAGAGCUCAGCUGUUCGAGCGAGCCGGUUUCUCCGGUAAGAAGAUGGAGAUCCAGGACGACAUUCCCAACCUGAUGAGCCGCUACAACCUCAACAGAGUCGCCUCCAUCCGCGUCCUCGGAGGAGCGUGGGUGGUGUAUCAGGAGCCGAACUACAGAGGGCCUCACUACGUCCUGGAGAAGCGCGAUUACAACAACUUCUCUGACUGGGGCAGUCAGAGCAGCACCGUGGGCUCCAUGCGCAGAGUCCGCUUCAACUAAACUUCACCAUCAACUCUGAUCCACCCACUGCUGUCGACAUGGGUUCCCCCAUCGCCACUCACUUGAAACCUGUCAGCUUUAUACACACACACACACACACACACACACACCACAAAACUUAUUUUAGUAAUAAACUGUUAAAAGACAAAGCUGGGGGGGUU